CCAGCGGGACAACGGCUGCCGCCAGCCGCACCGCGAACGCGCGACGACCGUGAUCGCCUUACUAACUUGGUGACUUGGUCACUCAGUGAGAACGUCUGCCCCGGUCAAAGGCAUCCUCCUGAGGAGGGUAUCGGUUACGCAAUCGGUUGUUUGCUCGCGCAAUCGCGCUUAUCGGCUACUUCACAUAAACUCACUGUUCUCCGAAAGUAGAAACGGGGGUGGUUGUGGACACUCGAUACGAGAGGUGGUCGCUACGAGAUCCAGCACAGUGCACCGGUACUACACGCGCGGUGGUGUGUUCGAGAAGAUUAUUUCUACUUCUUUCCCUAUGAUGGGUUCAAUGCCUUCGCCGCGGGUGGUUGAACGUUAGUAGUGGUUAGUCACAAGGAUUAAGAGUUCAGGUAGCGGAUUUUCAGAACUCGCACCUGAUGACGAAUGAACGAACAAUUGGGAUCUUUGGAAAGGACUGAGCUUUCUUCGAGGAUUAAUGUGGAUGUGAGAAGUAUCUCAUUAUGAUUACAUAAUUUGUUAUGAACCAUUGUCGAAAUCGAAGAGUUUAAACUUAGUCUCAAACACCGACGGAACUCAACUUCAAAGUUAUUUGCUUACAGUGCGGUAAUCAAACACGAUUUUCAAAGACAAAUAAAUAAUCGUACGCGUAAAGAAAUUUUUAAAAUUAUUGAAAGGAAAAAUGAUUGCCGUUUAUAGGAUUGUAUCUAUCAAAGUGUAAAUAUAAAAAUAAGAAUUUACAUUAAAAACUAAAUAAUAGUUUAUCGUAAUGAUUGAAAAAUAAUCAUUACGCGUUCGGGUUACUCUUCUGCAAUGAAGUGCAAUGUACGGACCAUCGGAUGUAUUGUGAAAGUACAAUGAUUGUUUCAUAUAUAUAGUUAUCAUACGUGAAAAAAUUUAUUCAAAAAUAAAUUUGUUUCAAAAUUAAAGUUUGCGAAUAUUUUAACUCGUGACUUAAAAAAUGUCACAACUUUAUUGGAGUAAGCUUUGAUGAAUGGGAAUGGAAUCGGACAUCGACAUGAAUGAAACGCGCGUGAUUAAACAACCGUCGCGUCGACUUGAACGUGCGAAUAACGGAUGCUUACUUUCGUCAUCAGUUAUUCAUCCGGUCAAUCUAUAAGACAUAUCGAUACUACGACGAUAUCUCAAUUUGCCGAAUGGAAAAAAGCGGGAAAGUAAAUUCCUCGCAAAAACGUUGGCUGUAAUCUCCAGACUAAAAAUUUCCUGCUUGCAGUAGAAAAUCCAGAGGCAAGAAUGUAUGGAUGAUAGACAAACAUCUGUAAUGAAAUAUAUAUAAUAAAAUAAAUAAAAUAUAUAUUAUGCCCAGAUUCCAGAGAAAUUUUUCGAACUUGUUCGAUGUAGACAAGUUGGGCGAUAAAUUGUCAACGUUUCAUUUAAGAUUUGACUAUAAUAAAGUAAUUCAGUUUGUAAUUCAAGAUAAGUGCGAUUGUUGAACUAUAACUUCGGAAUUUCGAAAAAGGAAUCGCGGAAAAGAAUUGCGUCUUGGGAAAUUUCUCGCGAUUGGGAUCGGCGAAUGAGUACAGAAUUCUGUCUCCUGUCCGACACCUGGGUUCAUGAGAGGAACGCAGCCACCAACCAAGGAUGUCGGAUAGUUCGGAUCAGCUGUCAUCACCGAACAGCGACUGCAAUAGCCAAAUGGGCGUCGUGCAUCGCAACGCAACCGCACAAUACAGCAACACAUCGUCGAUGUCCGGUCUUGGGCUGACUCAUCAUCCUCAAAAUCUGACGCCGACGUCGAAUGGCAGUCCCCAGUAUUCACAGGAGCUUUCCUCCUGCAAUUCUGUCAGCGUAAACACUAACAUUGGGAACAUCGGCGGUCUCUCCCUUAACAGCAGUACCAAUGACUUCACACCCGAGCAGAUAUCUUGCAUGUGUGAGGCGCUGUCGCAAAGUCAGGACAUUGAGAAACUGUCCAGAUUUCUUUGGUCCCUACCGCCUGGAGAACUGUUGCGCGGAGGAGAGAGCGUGCUAAUGGCGCGUGCCGCCGUUGCCUUUUACCGCGGAGCAUAUCACGAGCUUUAUUCGAUCCUGGAGAGCCAUGCUUUCUCGCCACGUCGACACCCCGAACUUCAGCAGAUGUGGUUCAAAUCGCAUUAUCGCGAAGCUGAAAAAAUUCGGGGCCGACCAUUGGGCGCCGUGGAUAAAUAUCGACUACGCAAGAAGUAUCCGCUGCCGAAAACGAUCUGGGACGGCGAAGAGACUGUGUACUGCUUCAAGGAACGAUCGAGGAACGCUUUGAAGGAAUGCUAUAUGAGGAAUCGAUAUCCUACGCCGGACGAGAAGAAGAAUCUUGCAAAGAAAACUGGCUUGACGCUGACUCAGGUGUCCAAUUGGUUCAAGAAUCGCCGACAACGAGAUCGCACACCGCAAACUAGAACGGACAUGUUACCACUGAAUUGUCAAGGUACAACCAACAGCACAAUUAGCAGUUCGGUGAGCAACGGCGGCAGCAUUCAAUCUUUGCAGAGCAUUGAUUCCGAUAGUCCGAACCUCGCAAUGUCACCUCUGUCAACUAUGGGUAUGUCGCCGGUCACUAUGAAUCCAUGCAGUCCGAUGGGCAUGAGUCCCAUGGGUCCUCAUCAUGGCUAUGCCACUCCCGUUACCCCGGCAUCUGUUCAUACCGCGCAUCCUCAUAAUGGCGGAUUGAGUCCUAUGAACGAUGUUAAGACUUUGUGUUAUGGACGCGGUGUGUAUGACACAGGUAAAGACGUGGAGCAGAGCUCGGUUUAUUACUCCAGCCAUUCCAGUAUGCACCACCAGUAUUAUCAACAGACCCACCAUCAGAUGAUGUCUAGCUCCCAUCAUCAUCAUCAUCAUCAUCAGCAGAGCGUGCCGGCCGGUUACGAGAUCAUGCUACCACCACCUUCCAUGUGACUAACAGAUUACGAGGAUGACCGAAGUAAUCAAGGUCCUCACGGCCAGACCGACGACGUGGUGACACGUAUACACGCCUUCGCCUGAUCUCUCCGUUUUUUCUUUCGUCUCGAUUCCAAUCGUACGCAAUAAAGAGCAGCAUGUCCGUGUGGCGAAAUAAUUGUUUCAUAAAGCAGACGACACAAUUGUUUGUAACUUUUUGCCUGAAACAUUUAUUUAAAAAGAUAUCGAAUCUUUUUUUACACGCAUUAUGUGAACGAUAUACAUAUAUUGACGUUUAAACAUUUAAAUGUUUAUAAACAUUUGAACAAAAACAAAUUUUUUUAAUUCUAUAAGAAGAAUUUAUGAGCUGAUACUCUUGAAACGAUUUUAAAAGAUGGUAAGAUGUACGAUAGCUUUUUUGGUGAUCUUUUCAAGCAAUUUAUAUGUCCAUUGAAUAAAACAAGAUAAAAAAAGAUAAAUAACUUAUAUCAAACAUAUGUCAGAUACGAGGUUAAAUUUUUAUUAAUUAAUUCUUGUUAAUUAAU